AUGAACCACUGUACAAAUCCGGAUCUCGAGAUCCAGCAACUCCGAGCCCUACUAAAGCAAAGAGAUGAGGCGAUGAGAAGUAAGGAAGAAGACCUUCGCAAGGCAAAACGGGAAAUAUCGCAACUGCAGAAUUCUGUUUAUCAAUCGCAAAUAAUUCAAUCCCCGAACCAAAGCGUUGGUGCUUCUGCUGUUCAAAAUGAGUUCCAUCCGUCAAGUACUACUAUACCCGUCACGCCGCCUUUCCACCAAGAUGGCAUGUCGAGAAGUAAUACAGUUCCUCGCAGCAAUGGUAUCCAGGGGCAUAGCCGUCAUGAAGGCAUUGUACGACCCUCUAACCGACAUGGCCAUAGUGCCCACGCCAUCAAGCGUGCUAGGACCAUGUCUCAACAGGCACCAACAUCGCAGAAGAUGGAUCGCCUCGGUUCAAACCUGUCCACCCAGUCCGCUGGUCCCUUCACAGGAAAUGCUCCGAUAACCCCUCCAUCGCGAGUACAUCACGCUAGCAUGCAGAUGGGAAAUGUUGGCAUGAUGGAUUACGUAGACAAGGACGAGCCCGUGUCAUCUUACGCUCUUGUCCAUUCGCAAUCUAUGCGUUCAUCCCAAUCAUCGAGACAUCGACAUGAUAUGCCAACCCUCGCCGAGUCUGGGCCUCCGACCGGCGUGAUGCUUGACCCUGAAGUCUACUUUGCGCAGAAUCCUUUUCAUGAAGAACCUUCGCAAAACCACGAUGUCGAUGUGCCCCAAUUCAACAUUACUAACGUAUCUGUCUGCGGAUCGAUGACCACAGCACCUACGUAUGACACCGCGCCGAUGACCCGACAAAAUAGUUUGUUUGAUAACCAGUCCGUGUCGGGUGGCGUUCGUAUGAUGAGCCUCGGAUCACAGAUGUCGCAAGGUGGUGAAGCAUACUAUCCAGAAGGCUCUCAUCAAAACAAUAGCAGUGGAGAUAAUUCACCAUUAGGCAAACGACCUUAUUGUAGCGAAGAUGCACUCAUUGCUGUCGGUUCGAGCCUCGCGCCUCCCUUUGCUCACCAAUACGCUUCCUCCGCACCUACCGACGCACUCCUCGCUUCAGAUAUGGAACGGUCGGUAUCAAGUGCAAGCAUGGCCAGCACUAGGUCGAAUUCGUCCUUAAAGGCUCGUGCUAAGGAUACUCUGAAACAGCAAUGUCAACGUGCUCUGAACGCGCCGCUAAAGCCCAAGCCGAGCGCUGAGCAGAACGUCGCCGAGCCCCAAGCCAAUACAAAGAAGGACGGUAAAACUGCGAUUACGAAGACGAAAUAUGUUCGACCGAAACAACCCAAAGUCUACUGUGACCAAUGUGAUGAACACAAAGAAGGGUUCCGCGGCGAGCAUGAGCUCCGCCGCCAUAGGGACGCUAAACACCAGGUUACCGUUAAGAAAUGGAUCUGUAUUGAUCCGUCUACGCACGGCCUUCCGAUAGGCGUCCCCGCCGUCAAUCCUCUCAGUAAGUGCAAAGCCUGCAAGGCACAGAAGAAGUACGGCGCGUACUACAAUGCGGCCGCCCACCUUCGUCGCACUCACUUCAAGGAGAAGCCAUCUCGACAAAAGAAUAAGGGCAACGGCAACAACCGUAGCGAUGAAGACAAGCGUGGUGGCAAGGGCGGUGGCGACUGGCCUCCCAUGAGUGAGCUUAAGAACUGGAUGAAAGAAAUCUGGGUGAGCAAGUACGAACAAGAUGAUGACGAUGAUGCUGAAGACGAUGUGGGACACCCAAUGGCGGACGCCGAGUCAGGGGGUAUGGAGUCGUAUUCCAAUGAUUUCAACAUGCCUCAUAAGAUGACCAGCAACAUGUUUACCGAUGUCGAUUAUAGCAACCUGGUCGUCAACACAGAUGUUGGUUAUGUGAAUGGUAUGCCUCUUUCAUCGGCCGACUUCAACUUCAACAAUACUAUGUCGCCCAAUACCAUGUCACCUAACUUUCCCUCGGACCCUUCGGCGAUUACUCCCCAUGACCAAAUGAACCAGUACAGUUCGGCGCUAUCCUCGUCUGCAACUGUUACCCCGAUGACGACGUACCACGAAGUACAAGUGUCCGGCAAUAUGGAAGAUUUCGAUUUUAAUAUGGUUUAUCCUCAGUGA